CUCACCCCCCCACAGAGUUCUGUAACCAAUGGCAACCUCAGUCCAGACUCUUCCUCUGACCCGUGGCCCUGACAAAAACUUCCGGAACCCUUUUCCAGCCCCGCCCCUCUCCUCCCGCUGCGGCAUGGGAAGUGUAGGUAGUUUGGUGGAGAGGCCAGAUGUAUCUCCGACUAAAGGAAGCCGUGCGGUCCCCCAGGUGAGACCCAAACAAACCAACGGCCUCCUGAAGAAAGGCUUCACCCAGAGAGAGCUGCUCAAUUACCUCAACAUCACCAGAAAAGAGCCUAAAGCAAAUCCAGGCAGUGACGGCAAGAAGGAUAUUAUCUCUGGCCUCAGCCGUGAGGAGGACAACGUAUACGCCAAGGUCUACCAUAAAGACGGCACCGAAGUGGAUUUGACAAAGAACUCGCUGCCAAGUGGGGGCAAGUACGAAAAGGCUCGUUUUAGGUCAUCGGCCUUCAAGCCCGUCACCCCCAAAAACUUCAGCUCCAUGCAAAACCUCUAUCCGUCUUCCAAGUCAGAGGAUGUGGACCACGGCCUCUCCAAUGGGUUGCACAGAGCUUAUGCCCACGUCCCUAAAGCUGUCUCCACCUCCUCCUCCUCUUCCUCACCAUCCCGUCACGGAGGACCGACAUCCAGUGGUAACAAGGCCCUCUCCUCGGUGCGUGGGAUGAGCCAGGAGGAUGAUAACCUGUCAGACUCGGGCCAUAACUCCAUGAGCAGCCUGCCGCCAUACCGGCCUCCCUUCCGCCCACACCUGGCUCACAUCAGUGCAUCUAUGGGCCACAUCAACACCAUUGGGUCCCUGGACCGCACUUCCCUGGGUCCGAAGGCUGUAGGGUCAGAGGGCGUGGCUAUAGGGGAGAUGGCGUGUCGGAGCAUGGCAACCCUGACCCGUCUGGCACCAUAUGGAGGGGAGGCUCCGCCUCCUUAUGAAUGGACACUCUCCCUGUCUGUGGAGGAAGUGGUGCGGGAUCUGGAGGAGCGCCUGGUGGAGAAAGAACACGAGCUGAAACAGAUGAAAAGAAACCUGGAUGAGAGCGAGGGCGCCAUCGCUCAGGUGUUUGAAGGGAAACAGCGUCUGUGGGAGAAGGAGGUGGAGGAGUUGAAGCGCCUGUAUGCCGCCAAGCUGCGGCAGGUUUCCCAGCAUGCCCAGCGUUCCCAGCGCAGCCUGCAGUUGCAGCUGUUCAAGGCCCAGCAAGAGAGGAACCGGCUGCAAGAGGAGCUCGACAGCCUGAAACAGGAAAGGAGUCAGGAGACUGGAGCCAUAGUGAAGCGAACCAGCCCGACCCUGGAGGAGACGCAGUGGGAGGUUUGCCAGAAGUCAGGGGAGAUUUCCUUGCUGAAGCAGCAGCUCAGAGACUCCCAGGCAGAGGUGACCCAGAAGCUGAGUGAGAUCUUCCAGCUGAAGACGCAGCUCAGGGAGACACGUACGGAGCUGCGCAGCAAGGAGGGCCAGAUAGAUUCGCUUAAGCUCCUCCUGCAGGCAUCACAGCAUCGCAGAUGUCCCUCUCAGAAUGCACAUGAAGAUGGAAAAGGCGCUGAAGAAUGUACUCCAGCUGGGGCAACAGGAGGGUGCGGGGGCCCUACAGAGGAGCGUCUGCGCGCAGAGCUCCUGCUGGAGAGACGCCAGAGCGAGGCCCAGGCCAUGGCUUUCGAGGAGGAGAGGCACACAUGGCAGACAGAAAAGGACAAGGUCAUCCGUUACCAGAAGGAGCUGCAGGCCAGCUACUUAGAUAUGUACCACCGCAAUGAAGCUCUGGAGAGGGAACUGCACCAGCUGAGGGCAGGCAGAGAGCGAGGAGCUGGAGGAGGAGCGGGAGGAGGAGGAGGAGGGAGCAGAAAUGGGACAUUGGAAAGAGAAGUGCCAGAGCUGAGGAGUGAGAGAGCAGGGGAAAAACAAGAGGAUAGACCUUCCUCUGGUUUGCCGUGGAUAGAGAGGAUUGAAUCAUCUGAAAUUUGAAUGUGAAAGACUUGUUUGCAAUGCAAAAUCUUUUUUUUCCCUGAAGUAGGGCAGCUAUGGAAGACCAUGUCUGCCAGGAAAAGAAAAAAAAGACUUAUGAGAUAAGUAAAAUCAAGGCACAAUUUCAAGAUACUUUAUGAAAAAUUAAUCUUGUGAUAUUAAGAUACUAAUCAUUGGAAAUUAUGGGAAAAUUAUGGAACAUUGCAAGUAAAAAGUUUUAUUUCCAGAGACAAAGUAUGAAAUGCAAAAAUGUUUUUAAACUUACUAAGUCAAAAUAAUGACAUAAUAGGUCGAAAUUCUGACCUAUUAUGUCUAACUGAGAUAAUAAGUCAAUAUUUUGAGAUAAUAAGUCAGAAUUAUGUUAUGAGUUAAACAUGCAAUUCAAACUAAGUCAAAUUUCAUAAAUAGCAUUUUGACAUAUUAUCUAAAUAUUUUGACUCAUUAUUAUGAGUAUUUUGGUUUUUAUCACGUAUAACAUUUCAUUUAUUUUUCUUCUUUUCUUGGUGAAAUUGGGCCUCCAUAGUUCCCACCACUCUCUGCCCAUGCACCCUUGUUGAUUGUCUAAUGCCCUUAUCCUGCAAAGACUGGACCCAUAAGCUCAUAUAGAUACAUAGUAACGCCGAGGGUAGCUGCACAGAAAUACUGUGUCUGUGCCUCGUCUAUCCCUGGCAGAAGAGUUAUGUCAGUCUUGUAUAAAAUACAGCCAAGCUCCAGCCAAUCACCUAGACUGUCCUGCAUAAGACUAUCCAAUUAAAAACCUGUAAAUGAACAAACUGAUAUGCUGAUUGUGACUGUUUUGUGUUCAUUUGGUAGUUACUUUUUGGUUUGGACCGCUGUACAGUCUUCACAGUAAACAAAGGAUUCAAAGGGAUUUAGCGUGGCCCGGUAACAUCUCAGCACCUGUGUGUGCAGACAGUUCUGUGGAUUCAGAGUUCACCCGGGCUCUGGGAGGAAAGCUGCAUCUCUGGGUUAAGUAUCGAGGAUUAAAGCUACCUGGUGCCAAGGUACUAAUGCUAAUUCUUUGCCAUCAAGAAAACUAUUAACCCUUACGGAAGAACCCGAAGAAAUGUUGGACUUAUUUUUCUCAUUCAGUUUCCUUUCAGAGGAUACCAAUAUAUUUUGUACAUAACUGUAAUUUUUCAUUUGAUUGGCCUUCUGUCAUUGUAUUCCAAGCACACUGUUGUCUUAAAUGGGCAUACUUUCCAUAUCUUUUGAUUGCAGUGAAAACGAUCAAUAGAUGCAGAUGAUGAAUAUUGCUGCCCUGCUUAUUGGUGCGAUUUGUUACACAUGCCCAGCCAAUAACAUCAAAUGCAUGAAGUAGGUGGAGUUGUUUAUUAUUAAUAUAUAAACAUUCAAAAGCCAGCUCUCAAUCGACCUUUUGACAUACUGUGACUCUUGUCUGUUUACUGGAAUUAAAACUGUACAGUAUAAAUAUAUGUUUGUUUUGGAUUCAUAAUAAACAUUUAUGAAGUGGUGUAACAGCA